UUAAAAAUAUUUUGUCCGUUAUAUCCGAGAUUCGUUAUAUUCGUUUUACUGUUUUACUUUUCUUAGUUUUUCCAUCUUUGAGCGAACCAACUCCGGGUUGGGUGGAUAAUUUUAACGGCCCCGUUGCAUUUUGGAUAGGGGUACAAAAAGGGAUUAUUAAAACAUGUUUGGUGGAUAACACAGUUUCCCCUGAAAUUAUUCCCGUGGAUGUUGCUAUAAACGCCGUAAUAUGCAGUGGAUACGCAAGGGCAAAGAACCCUUCUCCCCCAACACCUAUAAUUAACGCAACUCAUUGUGGUUUAUACCCAUUUAAUUGGGCUGACGGCUAUGUAUCAUCUUUGCAUCAUUACCACAAGUACCCAUACAAGAAUGUUCUUUGGUAUCCUGAGGCAUUUUUCACCACACGUUUUUACCAAUUUUUGGCGAUAUCGAUUUUGUUCCAAAUUAUCCCAUCGUUGAUCGUUGAUUUUUUACUUAUCAUGUUCCUACAAAAGCCUUUCUUGAUUAGUACACAAAAGCGGAUAUUUCAAUCGUGGUUAAUAUUUCAAGAAUUUAAUGUGAAUAAAUGGACAUUUUCCAACAGCAAUUUCCUUAAACUUGAAGAAACACUUGACGAAGCCGAUAAAAAAGUAUUCUACGGAAUCAUGUCUAAAAAUAUGGAUAUGCACCAGUAUUUAGGUGAUAUUUAUCAUACAACAAAAAAGUACUUAUUGAAUGAUACCUCGAAGAAUUUCCCGCUUUAUAAAUUCCGCAAUAAAAUAUUAUACAUCUUGGAUCGCUCACUCAAGUUAUCAUUUAUUUAUGUGGUGUUAAAAUGGAGUUUUAAUCAUCUUCAAAUGAUGUUUUAAACAAUUUACUUUAGAUUAUGAUGAUAAUUGUUAAUAUUUUU